UUAAGUUUAUUUUUACAUCUAUUUUGGCACCUAUUUCGUAAAAUUUUAUUGAAACGUGAAUGUGCAAUGAAAAAACAGCGGCAAAUACGUUAAAUUCUAAUGUUUCGCGACUCUUCUAAAUACUUUAAAUGGAGUGUCAGGCAAGUGAUAGUAAAAAGGUGCUCAAAGUAUUCGAAGCGACUAAACGUAAGCGAACGAGGAAGAAACAUGAGGUUUUGGAAGACUGGCAGUCCGUAGCCAGUGAGAAGUCCAAUGACCGUCGUGGAGCCAUCAGCCGGCACGUGUCUCCUACGAGGGGAAGCUUGCACGAGCUCGCUAAAAGUCCCAACAGAAAACUCGCUGAAGACUUGCACGGAAAAGGUGUUAAAGAGCGGCACAGCGACCAAUCCGUGCACAACUCCCACCAGGGGGAGAGGCAUCGCUCCAGGUCUAGAAGACAUCGCCGGGCACCACGAGAGGAGGUGUCCUUGGCACUCCGAGCUGGUUUAGUUUCGACACCGAGGUCAAUUUCACCUCAUCAGAACGGUAAGGAUGGGCUAGGCGCGACGCCGCACGAUGACAGUUCCUUCAUGGAGGGCCUGCUUCAGGAAGCCAUUAAACAGGACAGGAGGAAACUUCGUCAGAGCCGUCGUCGAGAGGAGAAUGUCUCUCGCGACAGACGAGACACUUCGAGAGAGCGACGACACCGACGACACAGAGACGAACAGGAGAAAGAGACAAAGACGAAAAAAAAAGAAAAGCCGUCGAUAGAUCAAGCAGUUCUCGAAACGUUUAUAAAGCUGUGCUCGCAGAUGCAAGUGAACCCUGGACAUGUUACUCGUACACAUAGCAACAAAUCAUUACAAUGUGAUGAAUCCAGACACCAUGUACGUGACUACUGCCAGAGGAGCAGGGAAGCUUCAAAACAUAACUUGUCUCCUACGAGAAUAAGAAGCCAUGACGACUGUCGAAAAAUGCAACCGCGUGAUAGGAAUACUGUCGUAGACGGUGGAAUCCAAACUGGUUGUGAUCCAUAUGAGAAAAGCAGAUCCAGAUACGCUAGUAGACUUUAUGUGAAUGAUAUAGAUGACAGAAGAUGUCCUCUAAAAGUAAGCCCUACGCGGUGCCAUGUGCUCGUUCAUGAAAGAAGUAGCGACGAAUACGACAGAAAAACAGUUAUACCCUACGAAGAUAGAAGAAUUUUAGGGCAAAGAAUGAGCAGAAGUUUCGAUGUGCAAAGAGAUUGCGAUAGAACUUACAGAAGAUCCGCUCGCGACAGAGUUAAAGAUAGAAGUUUCGACAGCGGUUAUAGAGAUAAAAUAUAUGAGGACAGAAGACAGAAAUAUAAGGAUUAUUACGACCCAAGAGAUUACAGGGAAAGCACUAAACAGAACAGACUUUACAGAUCUCCGAAUAUAGAUUUCGACAGAGCUUCUAUUGUUUCUACAGAUGAUUUUCGAAAUAGAGAAAAGUAUGUAGAAAGAGACUCCGGUUUGAGUGUUGCAGACGACACAAGCACUGCAAGUUGUAAAAGCGAUUAUUUAAGAGUUGUUAAACAAGAGAUAACAGAACAGCGGGAAGCGAUGGACAAAAUGAUGAAAUUAUGGAAGGAGUUGAUGAGAGCGUUCAAAGGGCCCGAGUCGCGUCGAGAACCCACGAAAUUGGUCGUUGAGACGACAGCGAACGUGCGGUCGUCGGCGGCGGCGCAGCUGCAGCUGUGGCGGGAGUGCAUGCGCCGGUACGAGACCGUCGCCAGGGACGUGGGGGACACCGACGCCAGGCUCAUGGAGGAGAUCAACAAGCAGCGGUCGGAGAUGGCGGAGAUGACGAGCAUGUUCCAGGAGUGUCUGCGGCGGUACAAGGACAUGACUGACGACUUCAACACGCUCAAACUGCAGCUCCAGUCGGAGAGCCCGGUCCGGCUGCCGGCGCCGUACCCGUCACCGUCGCCGGCACCGUGCACCGGCGACGGCGCCCCGUCGUACCGUCUGCCGCCCUAUCCUCCGCCCAUGAGCGGUGUACCCAUGAUGAGCUACCCGCCGGCGCGGGCGCAGGUGUCGGCCCCCUGUCCCCCCGCCCCGCCCCCCGCGGCGUGCUGCUGGGGGGCGGGCGGGGAGCGGGGCUACUCGCCGCGACGUCGCUCCUCCCCAGAAACGCGGGCGUGUCGCGACCACAGACAUAGAGAUAGAGGUGAAUCCAGAUGCAAGGAGAAGUCCAAACCGGGUGGCAGCAAGUCGGAGCAUCGACACCGGAAACGCUGACAGACCAGCAUGCAGCCCUACUAGAUAAGUAACAAGCGAUUAUCGUAAACACCAACAAAAUGCGCGAUGUGACAUACAGUCUGUCAAGAAAGUGAAGAAAUUAAAAAGUGGC